AUGUUCGCCAAAGCCGCAAACACCUCAAUGGUCCCGUCGCGCAAUGCCCUUCGAGUGCUCCGACAAUUGGCUCUAACCGGAUCCACCGUCGGCGGUCUUUGCACCGUUGCUGUCAUCACGUACGAUGUCCACCGCCGAAUUCGCGUGGCCGAACAGAUCAUCGAAAACAAACGAGUCCUGCACACAUCCGCUCCAAAGUACGAUGCGACCUCCUCCGCCAAGCGCCUAGCAGCCAUGAUGGAAGCCGCUGAGGCGGGCGAGUUUACGGGCCUGCAAUCCUUCAAGGACAAGAACAAUGGAUCCCGUGCGCAAACGCCGCAAGCUGGUCCCGAGCCAGAAGCACCCAUGGACGAGGAGCUGCUGAAGAGCUUGAAAUGCCCACCCAUACCUAGCUUCGCUGGCCAGGGCUUCUCUUCUGCGCAAGAAUAUACACCGGAUUUGACAUCUGAAGAAUCCCCCGACGACAAGACCGGUGCUGCCAAUGAUGCCGCUCUAGCCCGGGAGGCUGAAGAGGCCGCGGCUGCCCGAGCCGCUGGGGAGCUUCCGUUUGAAGAAAAACUCCGUGACAUGCUGCAGCAAGGUCGCGAAAUUGAUGCCGCAUAUUUAUUCUUGAAGCAGAUCCCUCACUCGCACGAUUGUGGUAUCUCGCUGGAGAGACGAGAGAUAGGGUGCGAAGUCUUCAAAAUGAAUUGCAUCAAGGGGAAUAUUUUCGCUGCGCGAACUCUGUUUGAUCGCAUCGCCAAGGUGUCGUUCGUGACUUCGGAGAUGUGGGCCACGAUGAUGCAUUUGCUUGCGAAAGAAGGCCAUAUCGAAUCAGUCGGCAACCUGUUCGAUCGUCACUGCACCAAGCUCAUUGUUCCAUCUUAUCUGCUCGAGGUGAUCCUUCGCUGUCUUCUGGAAUCAAAGCGACUAAUCUCGGCGAAAUGGCUUUUCUGGUAUCGCAUCCAAGAGGAUCGCGACUGCGGCCUGUGCGGGGCCUACCUCGAUGGGCUAUGGAGAAAGACCAGAAAUUUGGAACUUAUCAAUGGCGAAUUCAGAACCAUUUUAACCGGUCUUGUCUUCUUGAAGCGGGCGCCAACCGAAAAACUUCUCAAUCCCAUGGUCAAAGCCUACGUUGAAUUUGGCCAGCCCGACGCCGCGGAAGCGCUGGUGCAAGACAUGCCUGAGAAGUACAAAGUCCAGCCUGGAUUGCGGACUGUUGGCUUGCUUUCUUAUGGUAGGGCGCUUGCGCUCGAUUGGGACGGUGUCAUGGCCGACUUGCGGGACAUGCACGCACGGGGAUUUACUCAGAACAAGGCAGAUUUCUCGGUGGUUUUCGACCGCGUUUUUCUGGAGUACUGGCCGAUUCAUAAGGGCACGGAAAUUUACGACUUCCUUAUGGGCUGCAUCAUCCAAUUUGACAUCGUACCCGAUGAUGUCCUUUAUCGGCACAUCUUAGAGGCGUUGAUCGAUCGAGGUACCCCUGACAUGGUCUCUAAUAUCACCAAUCUGGCCAAGGAGCACAAAUGGCCCAUCAGUUUGGGGGACAAAGAACUUUGCAACCUCAUUGAGAGCCGCCGCAAGUCAAUGGAAAACGCCCCGAUAGGAUUUUGGCGGACGCUACAAGCGGCGAAACGGCAGUAUGGCCAGGCGGCCAGCUUCUUGCGCGUCUUGGGAUCAAACGCGCAUUCUUGGGCCACGGAACGACAAGUCUUGCAGCCGAUUCAUCGCCCGGCGGAUGAUUUAUACGCCCAUAGUCUUGAUAAUAUGGCAACCGCGAAGCCGAUCGAUAUGCACAUCCCCCUCCGCCGGCGAAUGGAGCAUUUUCUCCAUGUAGGCAAGUUCCACGAUGCGCUGGAUGUCUACCAGUACGCUAAAAAGGCCGGAUAUGUCAUGCGGCCGAUUCAUCUCAAGCUGGCCGUGAUCGCGACGAUGCUCGCAAAUGGCAAGACUGGAUUGGUGGACGCGUGUAUCAUGGUCAAGGCUGACUGGUACUAUGGGCUUCAAAUCCCAACGCUGGAAGACACCCCGCGCUGGCCGAGAACGUUCCCGCUGUUUUUCCAACAGCUUCUGCAGACAAGUCCAGAGCUCGCUAGCGAAGCGACUAUUUUUAAGAUGGCAAUCUUCGAAUUUUAUAAGACCUGCACUAUCGAACCGGGUUUCAAGUUCAAGCAUUUCAUCUCCAUUGCUGUCAGCCGAAAGCUCAUUCUCAAUGGCAAAUCACACCUUGCCAUCAGACUUCUGACGGCAAUCUAUACAUCUCGAUGGCGGCACGAGUACGGCUUUGACCAAGCGCUGCUGAAGAUUUUCAUGCGCGCCUUCGCUCACGUUGGCAACCUCCGGGGCGUGUGGUGGUGCAUGCUCACCGUGCUCUCGCGGGACGAACCCGUUCUCCGGAACUUUGUGGUAGAAGCCCACCUCGUCAUGUCCAUUUUGGACGAUAAGCUGAGCCGGCGAUCGUACCUACAGCACCGCCGGUCGGAUAUGGGAACCCUGGCGGAGCUAGUGAAGGUACUGGAUAAAAAGCUGCACCAGGACCCGUAUUGGUUGGGAAUCACUACCGACCUGGAUUUUAAACGCCAGAUGCGCGAAGAGCUCCGUUCCAUCGCCCACGAUGAACUGGAUUCCGUUCCCAGUGGGCUAGUUCGAAACAUGAUUGUGACCUUUGACGAACAGAUGGAGCUGGAUUUCUUGGUGAACCCCCACCAGGCGACUCCUAUUUCGCUGCACCGAUGGAAUGAGAAGUCUAUACUGGGGCAACCAAGUAUACCGGCGGAUGAUCCUCAGUAUCCGCAGAAGAGAUGGGUAGAUGUAGGCUAA